AUGGCCUUCGCAGGAGCAACUUUUCACGCAUCACCCGCGCCUUCAGCACUACCGAUUCCCAGUUUUCUUUCCAAGUCCUCGAGUGAGACGCCUGUCAGUAAGGCCACGGUUGAGGACUCAUCACUGCGAUCCAGUGAUGGGCAUGUAACAACACCAUUUCGUCCCGCAUCGCUACCCCAUACGAUUGAAUCACCGCUUGAUUUCAUGUUUCGCGCGCAUCGUGAGGAACAGCGCCGCACCCGAGGCGGCGGUUUAACAGAAUCCACGGCAGGCCCAAAGUCUCCCCAGACGAUGCCUCAGCUUAAAUCGAUCGGGCCAUCAGUACUAUCGAGUCUACCAAACCCAAGACGAUCCUAUCUGAGAGAGCCCUUCGGCGGCAUAGAUGCCUCAGAGCUGGAUGGGACGCCUGGCAGAGCCAUGGGACCGGCAUUUUCCACGCCGUAUCAAGAACGAAUCAAAGCAGCUCGCUCUACUUCGCACUUGAACAUAUCGCAGACUCGUUCACAAGAUUCCAGCGUGUUGGAAAAGAGCCAUCCAGACGACCCGACCGAAGCCCUCAAGAAAUUUCUUUUCGGGAACGUGGAAUCGGUUUCAUCCAAACCUGCGAGAGCGACACCAGAGAAUAGCAGUAUACCUCCCCGGAGGACUACUGCUGAGGGUGCAGUGUCUAGCGCAAAUGAAUCCAGAGCCGCGGAACCUCGUAUGAACGAGAUUGAGGCAAUGGAAAACGACCUGCGCAGGAUUUUAAAACUAGACAUUGGUACAAACUCAAACUUGACGGGCCAAACUUCCAUUUCCCGGUAG